GAUUGAAACAUCACCUUUCCUUCUCCCACAUCCCGCCGCCAACCAACGUGCGACUGAGACAUUCCAAAUUUCCCCAUUGGAUCCGACAUUUCAGCCUCAACACGAAUGAGUGUAUGAGAGACCAUUUUCAUGGCCAUCCCGUCCCGUUACGGCCCGCAUGGACUCUACUUGUCUUGUCGUACAACAUCGCGUACUGCGUGAUUGUCUCCCCGGCCCGUCUCCCUCACAUCCUCAUCACGUCUAUCAAUCCUCCUGAUGGUUGGAGAGGGGACGACUUGAAGACUGUGGUUGGCUUCCACCGCCGCCACUCAGCAUCGUCUAUCGACGUAUCGCGCCAUGGAUCACUUUCAAAAGCAGCCCAUCAAGGUGCCACGGUGGGGGUUUCGAUGUGACCAACAAUCUCCGUACCCAUGACCCAGAGUCGUGAGACGGCAGCCAUAACAGGGCUACUCACCCAAGCGUGGAACUUGAACAUGGCUCCGUAUACAUCACUUUAAUGAUACCAAGACCUGUCAAGGCAA